UCUUCUUUCCCUUUCUCUUUCAGUGUGCCCUCCCGUGUGUUGCUCCCGACCUCCCCUCCCUCCUCUGCACCCCUCUCCCGCCCCUGCCUCUUGCCGCCUCCUCCUCCUCGCAGCUGAGUAUCACUCCUGCAGCUUUGCGGGUGACAGAGCACCAACAGAUGCCAACCGCUGAGAUGUGCACCCUCGGGCCACUCCGAAGAAGAGGAUUGGAGAAGAGAGCGGAGACCUGAAGUGCUGUGCGUCCGGCUCAGAGGCAGCAGUGUCCACCGCUCUCCAACCAUGCCAGCCUCGGCCGCCGACCCGUCCAAGAUCCCCUUCUGCAACGCCAAGGAAGAAAUCCGUGCGGGGCUCGAGGGAUGCGAGCAGCUGGGCACGCGCGGGAAGCGGCUGAGCAUCGUCUGGAGGAACGUGAUCAUGAUGAAUCUGCUGCACUUGGGGGCUGUAUACUCGCUCAUGCUCCUCCCUAAGGCCAAGCCGCUCACUCUGCUCUGGGUCAAGUCCCGCUGCGCCCCGGGCACGGUGCGGGGCCCCGGAGGGGCGCGCGAGGUCGCUGCUCUGCCGCGGGCUGUGCAGAGCGCCCCGCUGUCCCACAAGCGAGCGAGCGCUGAAGCCAACGUGUGCAGUUCUCCAUCCUUAGGGCCAGGCAAGUAUUUCUGUCUAAGGAGUUUGCAGUUUCUGUUCGCCCUCCACUCCUCUGUCGGCUGAUGGAAAGCCGAGGCACCGGGAGUCCUCUGUACUGCCACCCUGUAUUGCCACAGCUGCCCGCCUUGGCGCCUGGAGGGGGCGGGGGGCCUGGGAACCGAGGCUAGGGAUUUGACUUUUAUGAGCGCGGUAUAUCGCCUGUGAGAGUCGCUGGGGUUCCAUCUGCCUUCCUUCAGUUUCUAGGUCUCCUGAAUCACAGUCCUUGAGGCUGAGUGAAGACAAGAAAAGGAGCCUGCCCGAGGUGGGUAGGGCGCCUUUCACAGGCUUGAGCCCUGGAGUUUGCACACCGGACGGAAGAAACUAUCUCCUUUUCUGCUUCUCCGAUGCCCCCCACCCCCACCCCGCGCAUGCUCCAUGGUCUUUUAUGCCCAGUUAGAGGGCAAGAGAAGUUUCUCGAUGAAGGAAGGAGCCCAUGGCUUGAAGUGUGGCUAUGCAGAGUCCUCUCCAGACCUUUCCCCGCAACCAGCCAGUGUGGCUCUGUUCCCCGCUUGUGAGUGCCCAUGUGGCUCUACCAUCCUUCCCUACACCCCCAAACCCCAACCCCAGGGAAGGGAGCCCUCUGCUGACUUUCAUCCCUUAGGGACUUGAUGCCUGCCCUGCAAGCCACAGUGGCUGAUCUGUGGUCAGUCUAGCAGGCUUUUCUAGCGUUUUAUCAGUCACUCGGAGACAAAAGGCAUAGACACGGACAGGUCGGGCUGGGAAUCUAAAGAGGCAAUCAGAGAUACCUUAAUAAAAGUCCUCUUAGUUCCAGUUUCUGAGAUCUCGGAGGAAGAGGGCGAGAGAAACACAACCUACUUUCAUUUCCAGAGCGGGGAAGGGAGGAAGGCAGUGCGAAGACUGCUUCCUGUGAGUCUUUUUUGACAUGGACACAGCUGCGGAUUGUGACGAGCCGACCCCCAAGCGAAGCGCUGCAGACCCGACCCUUGGCAGCAAACCCAUCUAGAUGCAGCUUAGAGAAAGAACUGUGAUGGGGGAUGGUGAAAGAGGCCUGGGUCUUUAAGAAUCCCUAAAACCUUUUAAAAAUAAUUAAUUUUACAUCCCGGCCUUAGUUUCCCCUCCCUCAUCCCUAAAGCCUUGCCCUCUCUCCAAAGCUCCAGAUGACCUGCUGCCCAUCCCUCUGCCUUUCACUGCCCUUCAUCAAUUCCUUGUCUUUGCUGAGAGGUUUAAUUCUCUGCGUUCCUCUCGAUCUCUAAGUGACAAUAGUGUAUGAUGUUCACCAUUGCUCAGUGGACAUGCUGUCCCGGCUGACUCCAGCCAGCUCCUGGCUCCCCCACCUGUCUUCCAGCUUCUCGGCUGUUUGUUUAUUGAGCUCCAGAGCCCAUUAGCCUCUAGGGCUGGGGAUGAUUUUUAGUAGCCGCAGUGGUCUGAGAGAACUCAAGGAGAUGUGAGCACUUAAAAUAUUAUCUUACAUGCCUAGAGCUCCACAGGGGCCCACAGGCUCCAAGCCUGAUGGCUGCUGGGCCGCAGGACUCUGGCAUUUGGCCAGGAACCACACAGUGAGGCCCCUUUUCCAGGGUUUGCCAAAUGACCUCUGCCUUUUCCAGACUGUUCUUGGUGUCAGAGAUGGAAUAUUGAUCUUGAAAGACCUUGACCCAAGGACAUAUCCUUCAGCCCCAGACUCUGGUAGUUGCUGCAGAGAAACCAGCACGCAGCAGAAACCUGGUCUCCCCUCUGUGGGUGAUGCUGUCAGACUCCGUCCCUGAAGAGAUUGUCUUGAACAGACAUCUUCAUGGGUUCUGAGCUCUAAAACUCAAUAUUCUCCCUUUCAUUGCUCUCAGUGAUGGGUAUUGUCCUUUCAAGAUCCAUGACUGUGACCCCGAGUAUUCCACGCAAUGGAUUUUAUAUAUGAGUGUGUACGGUCAGGCUCCGGCAGAGAUUGGCCCUGAAGGUGGUAACCGAGGGGACUAGAGUGGAUGCUGACUCAGAGCCACACUCUCCCCUAGCUGGACUCAUUUCCCGCCAGUUCCCUGACCAGUUCAGUCCAGCUACAUUUUUGUCCCAGCAGGCUGCUCAUCUACAUAGGGACCUGAGUUGACAUGGAAGUAGGUUUAGGUCAUCCAUGGCUUGCCCUUCUUCACCCCAAGGGAGGUGCCACAGAAAACAGGAGCAACCAUUCACUAUACCCCUCAAGGGAUAUGUUAGGUGUGUAGUAUUUGUGGGGCCAUUUGUGGGGCCGUAGAUGUCACCAAGUAGUUCAUUACAACCUCCUUCAUGGCAGACAUCCUCAUCUCUCCAACAUAAAGAAAACUUCAUUUCUUUCAGGGUAGACAAGUUGUUUCCAUCUC